AUGAACAGAGCACAGACCUACGACAACAGAGUCCACACAAUUGCCGAUCUCGAGGAGGCAGCCAAUGAAAACCUCGACCCCAUGACCAGGGACUUCUACAACGGCGGUUCCAUGGAGCUCCGGACCUUGGCUGAAAACAAGACAGCCUACGACAGAUACCGGCUUCGUCCUAGGGUGAUGGUGGAUGUGAACCACGUCGACACUUCUACAGAGUGUUUGGGCACCCGGGUGGCUUUUCCCUUGGGAUUGUCCCCUACGGCUUGUCACGGAAUGGCCCAUUCAGAUGCCGAGGUGGGUACUGCCAGAGCUGCUGCUAAGAAAAACGUCAAUAUGGUGCUUUCGUCGUGGUCCAACACGCCGUCGGAAAAAGUGAUACAAGCGGGCGGUUUCGGCAAAAACGCCUAUGCCCAGCAGCUCAGCGUUUUGAGCGACGAGCAGACGAAUUUGGAUAUUAUCAACGAAGCAGAAAGAUGCGGCUACAAAGCUCUUUUUGUCAGUGUCGAUACCCCGUGGCUCGGAAGACGUUUGAACGAAUUGAGAAACAGCUUUGAGCUUCCCGGCCACCUAGGCUUCCCCAUGUACCCCUGGAUGAAUGCCCACAAGAUGCUCAGUGACGAUAAAAGAACCAAGUUCGAGGCCGGGCUCACCUGGGACUUUGUGCGUUAUCUAAAGAGCAAAACCAAGUUGCAGAUUUAUUUGAAAGGCAUUCUCACCGGAGAAGACGCCGCUUUGGCUGUGGAGGCUGGUGCUGAUGGAAUUGUCGUUUCCAACCACGGAGGAAGACAGUUGGAUGGCGCCAUGGCCACUUUGGAUGCAUUGCCUGAGAUUGUAGAGGCUGUCAAGGGCAGAAUUCCCCUUCACAUUGACGGAGGCAUCAGAAGAGGAAGCGAUAUUUUCAAAGCCUUGGCCCUAGGUGCCGAUCACUGCUGGGUUGGCAGAAUUCCACUCUGGGGUCUUGCUUACAAGGGAGAAGCGGGCGUCAGCAUUGCGCUCAAUAUUCUUCACGACGAGUUCCGGACGGUCAUGGCACUUAUGGGGUGCACCAAGAUCGAGGACAUCAAGCCCGAGCAUUUGGCCAGAUUUGGCCCUGAUGGAGCUCUCCACAGAGUUGAAGGACCCAAGCUUUGA